GUUUCCAACAGUUUUGCGAGCUUUGUUGUCAUUGCAGCAUGUUGUUUGUUUUUAUUUUAUUUUUGAAGACUGAAAACCUGUUGCUCCCAUGUGAACUUUCCGCUAGCCGUGAUGAAAAACUUAGUGUGUAGGUGCGCCAAAUGUAAUAAUUUCUUGUUUUCUGUGCAGUGAGUGUUUAUUUUGACUGCUUACAAUGGGAAUAACAGUGUCAAAAGAGGCCUUACCGGAGGCCGAUAGGCCCGAUAGUGUUAUAUCUUCAAAGUUGCAUGGGAGACAGGCUAGCAUCAGGCAGAGUACGAUAAAAGCUAAAGAAAAACAACCCAUGCCCGAUCCCAAUGAACUGGAGAGGAGAUUCACGAAAGUUUUGGCUUCCAUGGAUCUACCUCCAGACAAGGCAAAACUACUGAAGAGUUACGAUUACGAAAAAAAAUGGGAUAUUAUCUGUGAUCAGGAAAUGGUUCAAGCCAAGGACCCUCCUUCUUAUUAUUUAAAUAAAUUACGCACAUAUCUGGAUCCUAAGGCGUCUAGGAGUCAUAGGUUAUUUCUGUUUCAGAAAAGAAAAAUGGUUGUGGAAUCCACUUCGACGCAAGUUCUAAGGGAUUUAGAAAUUUCGUUACGUACAAAUCAUAUAGAAUGGGUUAGGGAAUUUUUGAACGAGGACAACCUCGGCCUCGACGUAUUAAUAGAUUAUUUGAGCUUCCGGCUCGGCAUGAUGAGGCACGAGCAGAGGAUAGCGGAAUCUCGAACGGCGUCCGAAGAAAAGCUCUCGAUCAACACGCUCGCCGUCAACUUGAGUUCGGACAAGACGAACGGAUACAUCAGGAUGCCGCUGGAUAUGCCCGAUAGUCCCGGCUUGAAGAGGAGGUCGAAGCACGUCGCGAAACUGAACAUGGGCGACUCCAAAGACGACAUACACGUGUGCAUCAUGUGUAUGCGGGCUAUCAUGAACAACAAAUAUGGUUUCAACAUGGUGAUCCAACAUCGAGAAGCAAUAAACUGCAUAUCACUCAGCCUGAUCCACAAAAGUUUACGAACGAAAGCCUUAGUCUUAGAGCUUCUAGCCGCCAUAUGCCUCGUCAAAGGGGGCCACGAAAUAAUACUCUCAGCUUUUGAUAAUUUCAAAGAAGUAUGCCACGAGAGGUAUCGAUUUCAAACGCUCAUGGAGUACUUCCUCAAUUUCGAAGUCUUCCACAUAGAGUUUAUGGUCGCUUGUAUGCAAUUCGUCAAUAUAAUUGUGCAUUCAGUAGAGGAUAUGAACUUCAGGGUGCAUUUGCAGUAUGAGUUUACGGCUCUGGGUCUAGACAGUUAUUUGGAAAAGUUGAGGUUCACUGAAAGCGAGGAAUUGCAGGUGCAAAUCUCCGCUUAUUUAGACAACGUUUUCGAUGUCGCCGCUCUAAUGGAGGAUAGUGAAACCAAAACAGCAGCGUUAGAGAAAGUAUCUGAACUCGAAGACGAGGUUGCUCAGAUGCAUGAGCGGUUGCAAGAAGUGGAAUAUCAGGCCUUGGAGAAAAUUGCAAACUUAGAGACUGAACUGAUACAAGUUAGGCAAGAGAGGGAUGAACUGGUCGAAGUUAAGAAGAGGUCUGACGAGGAGGUGUCUACGCUGAGGAGGGUUGUGCAACAUCACGAACAGGAAUCGAAGAAUAGGCAGUCUAUGUUCGAGUCAAAAAUUGCAGAGUUGGAGCAUGUUAGUAGUUUGCCUCGGGGAUCUUCAAUGUCAGGAAUCUCAGACUUAGCCCCGACGAUACCGGAAGCAACUUCAACGCCGUGCAAACCCCCACCUCCUCCCUGUCCCCCUCCCGCUCCCGUAGCACCUCCCCCUCCUCCUUGUCCGCCUCCUCCACCUCAGAAGCUUUCUUCGGGUCCAAUUCCUCCACCUCCUGCCGGAUUCAUGCAAGCUCCAGACGGAGCAAUGACCAUCAAGAGGAAAGUUCAAACGAAAUACAAGCUGCCAACUAUCAACUGGGUAGCUCUCAAACCUAAUCAAGUAAGGGGGACCAUAUUCAAUGAGUUGGAUGACGAUAAGCUUCAUGGGUUUAUCGAUUUCAACGAUUUCGAGGAGAGAUUCAAGAUCGGUAAUGCUAACUUACUGAUGAAUGGCAAAAGUGAGACUGAUGGAUUACAUACUUUCCCUAGCAAGAGAGGAAAGAAACCCGAAAAUGUAUCAUUGUUGGAACACACAAGGUUGAGAAAUAUUGCGAUAUCAAGGAGAAAACUGGAAAUGACUCCAGAAAAAGUGAUAAACGCAAUCAACAUGUUGGAUCUGAAACAACUAUCUCUUGAAAAUGUAGAACUCUUACAGAGAAUGGUUCCUACCGAACAGGAAUCCAAAGCCUACAGAGAAUAUGUGCUGGAAAAGAAAAACAUCAAUCUCCUUACCGAAGAAGACAAAUUCCUCUUCCAAUUAACCAAAGUCGAGAGGAUAUCAGCCAAACUGUCCAUUAUGAGUUAUAUCGGCAACUUCUUCGAUAACCUCCAUCUUGUUACUCCACAAAUGCAUGCUAUAAUUUCUGGCUCGAACUCUGUCAAGAAUUCUAAAAAGCUGAGGUCUGUCUUGGAAGUAAUAUUAGCUUUUGGAAAUUAUCUCAACAGCAGUAAGCGUGGCCCCGCCUACGGGUUCAAACUGCAGUCUCUCGAUACUUUAUUAGAUACAAAGUCGACCGAUAAACGAUUGUGCCUUUUACAUUAUAUUGUUGCUACGAUAAGGCAGAAGUUUCCGGAAUUGCUCAAUUUUGAUUCUGAGCUUCAUUAUAUUGAAAAAGCUGCGGUGG